UAGCAGUCCUAGAAGUGUAGUGGAUGGAUUAAUGAAGCCAGUGAUAACGAUGGUGGCAGCUCAGAUUGCAUAUGCAGCAACGGGUAUUUUCUACAAACUUGCAGCAGACUCUGGAAUGAACCUCAAUAUUCUCGUUGCCUACCGUCUCAUGUUUUCCUCUGCCAUUAUCGUUCCUCUUGCUCUUAUACUCGAAAGGAACAGCAGGCCCAAACUUACUCUAGUCGUACUCUUUCAAGCUUUUCUCUGCGGAUUAUUUGGGGGAUCAUUGUCACAAAAUUUAUUCAUAGAGGGACUGGCCUUAACAUCACCGACAUUUGUUGCAGCCACUGCAAAUCUGAUUCCGGCGGUUACCUUGAUCAUGGCCAUCUGUUUUAGGUUGGAGAAGUUGACACUAGGAAGCCAUGCAGGGAAGGCAAAGCUUGUGGGGACAGUGGUAGGUAUUGGUGGUGCUAUGAUCUUUACCUUCUUCAAAGGACCAGAGCUCUCCAUCUGGUCAACUCACGUUGACCUUCUUCGAGGACACCACGCGGCACCAUCACCGUCAUCGGUCUCUUUACACAGAAGCACCGGUAGUCACUUGCUGGGCUCCUUCUCGGCUAUCGGCAGCGCCGUUUCCUAUGGAAUGUGGCUCACAGUUCAGUGGAUGGAGUUUCAGGCAAAAAUGAGCAAGAGAUAUCCAUGCCCUUACUCGAGCACAGCUCUAAUGUCAGUGAUGGGAUCGAUUCAGUCGGUAGCUUUUGCACUCUGCGUGGAGAGGGAUUGGAGCCGGUGGAACUUGGGUUGGAACAUCAAGCUUCUCACAGCUGCAUAUACGGGAAUUGUGUCUUCGGGGCUGGUGGUGGUUCUUAUCUCGUGGUGUAUACGCAAGAGAGGUCCAUUGUUCGUGUCAGCUUUCACUCCGCUUUGCCUAGUGAUUGUGGCCAUUGCUAGUUCUUUGUUGCUCAAUGAAAAGUUAAGCCUAGGAAGCAUAUUAGGAGGGAUUCUAAUUGUAUGUGGGUUAUAUAUGCUGCUAUGGGGAAAGAGCAAGGAGAUGAAGUCGAUUAAUAAUUUAGACAGUGAUCAAGAAUAACCAGCUGCAUGCAGGCAUGCAGCCUCAGUACUACCAUCUUGAACAAGACCCCAAGAUCCCCAACUCAUCGAAAUCGUCGCAACAACUCGAGCAUUAGACACUAAUACCUCCAGGAUUAAUAAGAAAAACACAAAUCUUGGGUCCAGUUAAUGCAACUUUAGUAUCUACUAUUAAUUGUAUUUGGUAGUUUAUCGAAAGAAAU